AUGGAUGACAAGCUCCUCCUGGCGGCUUUCCACAACGGGGUUCACUCUGACUUGUUCAUCCACAAGCUAUAUGAGCAAGAGCCUCAGACCAUGGCCGAACUCGUCCACUCAGCCCAAAAUUUCAUGAAUGCGGAGGAUGCUAUCAUAACCAAGAAGAGGAAGAGAAUUGAGAAAAUGGAAGCUAACCCCACUCGCCACUCAGAACAAGGUCCUCGUCUUAAGAAAGGACGAACAGAAGACAAAAAGGAUCGUGACAGGAAGGUAGGCCCCUCAGCACGAAGUCAGCAGUAUACGCCAUUGAACAUGCCACUUGAUCAAGUCUUAAUGCAAGUCAAGGACGAUCCUUCCUUGAAGUGGCCAGAAAAAAUGAAGGGAGAUCCAAAUAAGCGCAAUAGAAACAAGUAUUGUCGCUUCCAUAGAGACCAUGGGCAUGAUACGGACGAAUGUUUUGAUCUAAAGCAGCAGAUUGAGAAUCUUAUAAGACAGGGGAAGCUAAGAAGUUUCCUAGGACGAGACCACAAGGAUGAAAAACUCAAGGGAAAAGCUGAAGAGUCAUCACGGCCACCUCUCGGAGAAAUCAGAGUUAUUGUCGGAGGGAGCUCUGCAGUUCAGUCGUCCAGGUCCAGGAAAACAUACCUGAAGGUGGUGCAGAGCGUCCAACUCUCUGGACGACCACCUAGAGAUAGGGAUACGGACGAACAGGCAAUCACAUUCACCGAAGAAGAAGCUGAAAGAAUCCACCAUCCUCAUGACGAUGCUAUUGUCAUUACCUUACUCAUCGCUGACUACACAACCAGAAGGGUACUCGUUGAUAAUGGAAGUUCGGCAGAUAUCCUGUAUCUUCCAGCUUUUCAGCAGAUGAAGUUAGGACGAGACCGUCUUUGUCUGGUGAAUUCUCCGUUAGUAGGUUUUGGUGGAGCGAAGGUGCAGCCGGUGGGUACUGUUACAUUACCAGUGGUAGUUGGGGCAUAUCCACAGCAAGUCACCAAGGACGUGAGUUUCCUGGUAGUAGACUGUUCGUCCUCCUAUAAUGCCAUAAUUGGGAGGCCAACUUUGAAUAGUUGGAAGGCAGUUACGUCCACCUAUCAGUCAAGUUCCCAACGGACUAUGGAGUAG